AUGCGCGCCCUUCUCAUUCUGCUCCCGCUGCUGGUUACGGUAGCCUUGGCCGACAAGCCGCCCUGCAAAGGCAUCGGCUGCAACAAGCCCGAGAAGAACGCCCAAGUGAUCGAGAAGCCAGACCAGAAGCCUGCGGAAAAGCCGAAGACGAAGCCUGCUGGGAAGCCGGACGAGAAGCCGAAGCCCAACGCGGCCGAGAAGCCGGCUGAGAAGCCGAAGACGAAGCCUGCUGAGAAGCCCAAGCCGCAGGCGGCCGGGGACCCGAAACCGAAGCCUGCGGAGACCAAGCCCAAGCCAGCCGAGAAGCCCAAGCCCAAAGAGGGCGGAAAGCCAAAGCCGAAGCCAGCUGAGACCAAGCCCAAGCCAGCCGAGAAGCCCAAGCCCAAGCCUGAUGCUAAGCCGAAUCCGAAGCCGGCCGGAAAGCCGAAGCCGAAUCCGGCCGAGAAGCCCGACGGUGGGAUGGGCAAGGUCUGCAAGGUGGAUGCGGAUUGUGAUAAGGGGGAGGAGUGCCACCCGGAGGUUCACAGAUGCAUGGCGCCUCGCUAUCCACUG